CACGGAACUCUUUUCCGCAAAAACGGGAGUCAUUCAAAAUUCUCAAUUUAGCAGAAAAUGGGAAAAGAAGGCAAAAGCAAGAAGGCGCAUGAACGCAAGAGAGAUGUGGAGGAUGACAGCGACGAUGAUUCGGGAUCGAGCGACGACGAGCCUAGAAACGAUAAGUCGAAGCACAAACACAGCAAGAAACACAAGAAGGAGAAAAAGCACAAGAAGAGCGAUGAGGACAAGCAUUUGCUGAAGGCAGCUAAGAAGUUCUUAAAACAGAAGCUCAAGGGCGGCGAGACUGGAGGUAAAUCCGGCACAGAAGAAGACAAUGAGCCCCUCAGAAAGAAUGAAGCAAUCAACGUGCUGACUGAGGAUGACUAUUUCAGAAAAAAUGCCGAGUUCAGCGAGUGGCUGCAAGUGGAGAGGGGCCAGUUCUUCAAUGAGCUGAGCACUGAGGAGACGCAUGCGCUCUUUGCCGGAUUUGUUGCCGACUGGAACGCGCGCAAGCUGCCAGCACGCUACUACCGUGGCAUCACCGACACAUCACUGCGCCGCACCAAGCACGCCUGGGGCAUCAGAGGAACUGAGGAGAGCGGGAGGGCGGCUCUGGGGAUGGCAGCUGCGCUGGAGGAUGACAGGGAGACCUUUGGAGCGCAGAAGCAGGCAGUGGCGGCCGAGCGCAAGGACUGGCGCGCUCAGCAGCAAGAGGCGCUGGACGAGAUACUGCCCAAGGCAACUGGCAGGGAGGCGCAGAUAGAAAAGAAGAUGGCGCGGCGGGAGGCGGCACGGGAGCGCGAUGCAUCGCCAGACAUCGUGAAGCUGCCAGGUGGCGGCGAUGUCAUGGGGGGUGAUGACUCGCUGGAGGCUGCCAAGGCCAGGGAAGCCAAAAGGUCAGAUUGGCGGAUGAAGCAGCAGAUGGCAAAGCGGGAGGAGGUGAAUCACAAGCUAUCAGCUGCACAGGCAGCUGAGGAUGCAAAGAUGGCCGCUUUCCGGGCCAUUGUUGCUCAGGGACCCAUCAGCAUCCCAAAGAGGCAAUAAUAACAGCUGUGCACCGCAAUCUACACGUCACCACAAGAGAAUGGAAUUUGUCUCAACUGCUUUGCUUGGAAGCAAGCCUUGCACAUGCCAUUGCUAUACAAAGUUGCAGGUUACUGCUUAUUGUUGGGUGCGAUUUCAAUUUAUGGUCUCAAUGUCCAACACCAGCUGCAACUAUAACAACGAUUAUUCUGUCUGUCUCUGAGCGCCAUGAGCAAGUGGGCACUCUGCUGUAGUACGUGUUGAAUCAC